UAUUUUAGUUGAUAUCAAUACGUGUUUGUCACCUGCUUCUUUUCACUUCAUUCUGUUUCGUCUUCAAUCGAGUAGAUAGUACGAUGGCCGAUAAGACAGAGAAACCUUCAAUAUCAAUCAAACUUUCAACACACGCUGAAGCGGCAGGAAACGAAGGAAACACAGAAAAUGCUGCUGAGCAGCAAACACUGGAUGCACAGACUCUGAUGGCUGAAGAGGAGGCGAAGGCGAAGGCCAAGUUUGGUAUGGAGAAGCCAAGGCAGUCGCAGUUGUUGCAGAGAAGGAUAUCGAAAGGAGGAAAAGGUCAGUACUUUGAUUCCGGAGACUACAACAUGUCCAAAGCAAAGGGCAACAAGCUACCAUCCGUUCUCAGCACCGACCAUCCCAGGCCAGAAAACAUUCGUCAGAAGAAAAUGUCCGCUCCAGCAGUGAUGCAUCAUGGUGGUCACGGCGGUCCAAUUCCAAUUCCUAAACACCUUCGUACCCCCAGUGGUGGCGAUGGAGGUCACCCACCAAGUAAACUGAGUCCACCCGGUGUCACCAGUUAAGCAAUUAAUCGAUUGUCUGCGCCAGUUUUUCGUCACUAUAGACUGUCUAGUUUGCUGUGGUCGUCUUCUGCUCGAGCGUUCUGUACAUACGCGCUACACACGUGCUACAUUAUGCAAUUUCACAAUACAGUAUAGAUGUCUUGCUGUGGA